GCUCCCUGUGACCCUCAAAACAUCACAACUGUGCUCCAGUGUGACACCAACACAGCCAACGUGACAUGGACUGCCAGCGCAGGAGCUAAUGGGUACACAGCAAUGGCAACAGACAGGCAGCAGCAACGUUUAGCUUCUUGUCACUCUAUGGGAACUUCCUGUCAGCUGACCUCUCUGCCGUGUGGGAUGAGACUAAAUGUGACUGUCCAAGCUGAUGGCACCACCUGCAACAGCAGCUCUCAACCUAAAGCUGUAGUGGAAACAGCUCCCUGCAUUCCCACCAGUGUUGCUGCCGCUCUAAACUGUACAUCCAACAUUGCUUCCAUCACCUGGUACAGUGCACUUGGUGCCACUUGGUACUUGGUAAAGGCGGAAAGCAGCCAAGGGUACAAGACAUCCUGCAACAACACUGUCACACACUGUGAUAUCCCAAACCUGCAGUGUGGCCAGGAAUAUUCCAUCACAGUCAUGGGCAUGAAUGGUGUCUGCAUGGGCCCGGCUAGCCAGCCUGUCACUCUCGUCUCAGCACCGUGCCACAACACUGGCAUUCAAGCCAGUCUGGACUGCCGCACCAACUCAGCACUCAUUUCUUGGACACCAGGCAAUGGUUCAUUAAGUUUUAAUGCAACACUACAGUCGCUCCAGGACCCACAAAAGCACAACUGCUUCACCAAUGGCUCCUCCUGCAACAUUGGCUCACUGUCGUGUGGUCAGCACUAUAACAUCUGUGUUACAGGAUACGGCCAGACCUGUUCAACCUCUUCUAAAGCCUUGGUCACUCUAGACACAGGUAUAACAUUAAAUAAUAACACAACGUGCAAAUUUGGUGAUUCUUCUGGCAUCAAAUUAUUUAUAGAGCUAAAAUCUUCUGCUUUUUUGUGGCAUGAAUCUUUUCCUUUCCAGCUCCAUGUGUUCCCACUCAAGUCAAUGUGUCAUUAUCUUGUGUGUCGGACACUGCAUCUGUUUCCUGGGCAGCAUCCAGUGGCCUUGUUUCAUACUAUACAGUAACAGCAGUAGAUGAUAAUGGACGUACGCUAACCAGCAACUCCAACAGAACUUCCUGUGACAUCAGCGGCCUGUCGUGUGGUCAGGUGUACAAUGUGUCAGUCACAGCUAUGAGUGUGGACUGCACUGGGCAACGCAGUGAAGUGCGUCGCAUCAGUACUGCACCCUGUGCUCCUCAGUCUGUGGUCAGUCAGCUCUUAGACUGCCGAACAGGUGAUGUUCAGAUCAGCUGGCAGUCGAGUAAAGGGGCACAGAUCUACUAUGCUCAAGCAAAAUCCACAGUCAAGACUCUGGUGUGUAACUCUACCUCCACAUCCUGCAUAAUCCCUGCAAUUUGCUGUGGGCAGACGUACAAUAUCACUCUGGUUGCAGUGGCCAACAGCUGUAGCUCCAACACCAGUGUGACCAGUCAGGUCACGGCAGGUCCUUGUGUACCUCAAAAUGUGUCGGCCAGUGUAAGCUGUAGCAGCAACAUAGCAAAUGUAACCUGGGGGAGCACCCAAGGGGCGGAGCUUUACACAGUGACAGCCAGCAGUGCUAACGGCCUUACAGCUAACUGCACCUCAACAUCCACUUCCUGUAACCUGUCAACUUUGACCUGCGGACAGUCUUACACAAUCACAGUGAAGGCAAAGGGCAGCAACUGCAGCAGUGGGAACAGUGCGCCUGUUCAAGUUCAAGCAGUGCCCUGUACCCCAAGUAAUGUCCUGCCCACCAUGGAUUGUGUCACAAAUGCUUUAGUGGUAUCAUGGAGACCUGGUGCAGGAGGACAGUAUUACAUGGCCACCUUGCAGGACAGCAAUGGACUGUCCACCACCUGCCAGUCUACAGGCUCACAAUGUAAUGUGACGGGGCUCAAAUGUGGUCAGCUGUACCAUAUCAAUGUGACAGCGUCAGAUGGUUUGUGCAGCAGCCCUCCCAGUGCCACUGUGAACACUAACUCAGCACCAUGUCUGUCCACCAGUGUGUCUGCCUUGGUGGACUGUGCAACAGAUUCAGUUCUAGUGUCCUGGAGUUCCAUUGCUGGGGCGGAGAAUUACUCUGUGACCGCUUUGGGGUCAGGAGGUCAAAGGGUCUCCUGCUCAACCAGUCAGAACAACUGUAACAUCUCCUCCCUGCAGUGUGACCAGCAGUUUAACCUCACCUUCACCUCUACAAACCAGCAAUGCCAAAUGACCUCCGCCACCAAUGUCACGUUUCAGUCCAGACCCUGUACACCACUGCAGCCGGAAGUCUAUAAACUGUGCGGUAACAAAAUGUCUGUGAUGUCUUGGGAUUUGAGAGAAGGAGCUGCUUACUACAUCGCCCGAGCCGUCAGUGCAGUAGGAGGAUACCAGCUCUGUAACUCCACCAACUCUGUUUGUACCUUCUCUACUCUGGGCUGUGGCGAGACCUACACUUUUUCUGUCACCGCCCACAGAGACCGCUGCCAAAGUGACCCCAGUGCACCUGUAUACCUUACUACAGAUCCUUGCAAGCCAGAGAACGUGACUGCUAAUGUUUCAUGUGACAGUGAGACGGCAGCGUUUAACUGGUCAAAAGCCAAAGGUGCAUCAUUCUACACUGUGAUGGCAAUAGGGAGUCUGGGAUAUAUUGCAGAAUUCAACACUACUUCUACUAACCUGUCUGUUUCACUGCUCUGUGGACAAAGCUACAACGUGAUUGUCGAAGCGCAUAACAUUUACUGUGAGAGCCCACCGAGCACUUCUGCAGUUUUCAGACUCGCUCCAUGUCCCCCUCAGAACGUAUCUGCCAUUGUGCAGUGUGAUUUAGGGUCUGUGCUGGUGAGUUGGAACCCAGCAGUUGAUGCAGGCCAGUUCAGAGUUGAACUGGAGUCCCAGAGCACCGGUGCGAUCUCCUCCUGUAACAGCACAAACACGCAGUGCUCCAUCGCCCAUCUGCCCUGUGGAGAGAGAUUCAACCUCAGUGUGGUGGCACUGGGGGGCAGCUGUCAGAGUCAACCAAGCAGUGACCUUUCCAUCUCCUCAGCUCCAUGUAUCCCACAGGGAGUCACUGGUACUGUGGACUGUGUAACUAACUCUGCAUGGGUAUCAUGGGAUGUAGAUAAUGGUGCAGAAUCUUACACAGUGCUGGCUGUAAGGGAUGAUGGUCACAAUACCACCUGUAGCAGCUCAAACACCACCUGUAAUGUAGCUGACCUGGGGUGCGGAAGGAGCUACACCUUUAACGUCACUGCCUCGAGUGCUGCUUGUGUGAGCCCACCCAGUAACAGCUUUCAGCUGGAGACAGCACCUUGUGCCUUGUCAUCCAUCAUGGUAGUGGCUAAAUGCAACAGUUCUGUUAUCAUGGUACAGUGGCAGAGAGCUCAGAGCGGAAAGUCUCUCUACAUUGCCACAGCAGUGGAUCAAGACCAUUCCCUCCUUUCCUGCAAUAGUUCCACUUCUUCAUGCAACCUCACCAAUGUGCAGUGCGACAAGGAGUACACCAUCAUUGUAGCCGCUUCAGCCAACCAAUGCAGCAGCCUCCGCAGCCCACCCUACAAGAUCAGAACUGCACCCUGUCCGCCCUCAUCAGUACAGGCCAAUGUAGACUGUCAGUCGAAGGAUGCAUUUGUGUCAUGGGACCCAUCAUACGUGGCAACGUCGUACAUGCUUACUGCAGUCGGCAGAGAUGGAGACUUGAAGACGUGCAAUACCUCGGACAAGAACUGCACGCUAAGUGACCUGCGUUGCAGCAACACCUACUAUGUGUCCGUUUUAGCCAGUAACAAGAACUGCACCAGUCUGCCCAGUGCUAACAUCACCUUCCAAACGGUCCCAUGUGAGCCAGCCAACUUAACAGCAAACAUACAGUGUGGGAACAGUAGUAGUGCCUCCUUGUCAUGGGCAAGGAGUACAGGGGCGGUGGUCUACACGGGACUUGCUCAGUCAGAAACCGGUACAACAUUCUACUGUGAAACCCCAAACACGUUCUGUACUCUGGAGGGCUUAGUGUGCGGCACUGUGUACAACUUUACAGUGCAGGCAACAGACGGUCUCUGCAACAGUUCCUUGAGUGAACCUCAAACUAAGGGAGCAGCUCCUUGUCCUCCAACUGGAUUUAGGGUUGUCCCUCGUACAGUAGUGAAUGAUACUCAGAUCUUGAGGGCAUCUUGGUCUACUGUGAAUUGUCCUAAUUCUGAAUACCUCCUGGCACUCACGGGCAGCAUUCAGGGCAACAGCCAGGCACUCUUUGACCUCGCCUCCUAUUGGACAAGUCGCAGGUUCUUUGAGGUACCCCUCCCUUGUGGCUCUGCUUACAGUGCAACCAUCAGCGCGAGGAACUCUGCCGCCACAAGCGACAAAUCUGCUGCCAUCACUGGAACUACAGUACCUUGUGCACCUCUGAAUGUGACGUUCUCUGCAUCAUUGGCGAAAGUGGGAUGGAACGAGUCUCUAUUUGCUACAUACUACACUGUGUAUGGGGUUUCUUCCUCUGGUAGGACGAAACUAUGCAUGACCUCAAAGCUCCUCUGCUCUGUCACCAAUUUCAGCAGUGGCCAGAUUGUCGUAACUGCCAGCAACACUGCCGGGGAGAGUGGUGACUCUGUACCUGUUUCAGUGACAGCAGUUCGUAGGAGGAGGUGAGUCCUGGCACAAAGUGAGAAAGGACUGACCAACCUGAGUAAAUGCUUGUAUCUCAUCGCACACAAACUCUUGCCUCUGGGAAUUCCUGCACUUUACCUUAGAAUUUGUUAAACUAUUAUAUACAAAUAUUCUGGUUCAAGGUUCACUCUUUUUUUUUUUAAACAAUAUUUAAUGGUGGAAUAGAUUGACUAAAAUGUUUUCCAAAAUCUGUGGUUUCUGGCUGAAGGAUUUACUUUCAUCCAAAUAUUAAAAAAAAAAAAGACUUCUACAAACAUGCAUUCUUAUGUUUUUGUAUACGAGUAGUUAUAUUAAAUACAAAGAGCAUUUCUCCAUGUGAUCAGUCUUAUAAAUUACAAUGUGUAAAAUAAAUUAACCAUAUACAAAACAA